UCAACCGAUUGGAGCAGCGUCAGUCUGAGAGGUCUCUGGGCUGAGGCGGCGGCAGCUCCUCCGGCUCCAUCAUGUCCGCGGGCGGAGACUUCGGGAAUCCGCUGAGGAAAUUCAAGCUGGUGUUCCUGGGGGAGCAGAGCGUUGGAAAGACAUCCUUGAUCACCAGAUUCAUGUAUGACAGUUUUGACAACACCUAUCAGGCAACAAUUGGUAUUGACUUUUUAUCAAAAACAAUGUACUUGGAGGAUCGAACAAUCAGGCUGCAGCUGUGGGAUACUGCGGGUCAGGAACGUUUCCGUAGCCUCAUUCCCAGUUACAUCCGUGAUUCUGCUGCAGCCGUAGUAGUUUACGAUAUCACAAAUGUUAACUCAUUCCAGCAAACUACAAAAUGGAUUGAUGAUGUCAGAACAGAACGAGGAAGUGAUGUUAUCAUCAUGCUAGUAGGAAAUAAAACAGAUCUUGCUGACAAGAGGCAAGUAUCAAUUGAGGAAGGAGAAAGGAAAGCCAAAGAGCUGAAUGUUAUGUUUAUUGAAACAAGUGCAAAAGCAGGUUACAAUGUUAAACAGCUCUUCCGACGUGUUGCAGCAGCUUUGCCUGGAAUGGAAAGCACACAGGAUAGAAGCAGAGAAGACAUGAUUGACAUAAAACUGGAAAAGCCUCAGGAGCAACCAGUCAGUGAAGGAGGCUGCUCCUGCUAAUCCCCCGUGGCAUCUUUAACUUUUCUCCAGAAGCUCACUGCUUUGGCCCCCUUACUCUUUCAUUGACUGCAGUGUGAAUAUUGGCUUGAACCUUUUCCCUUCAGUAAUAACGUAUUGCAAUUCAUCAUUGCUGCCUGUCUCGUGGAGAUGAUCUAUUAGCUUCACAAGCACAAAAAAAUUCAGUGUCUUCAUUAUUUAUAUUUUACAAAAAGCCAAAUGAUUACAACAUAUUCCAGUGAUAACUUUAAAAAUUAGAUACAUUUUCUCAACUUUUUUUUUCCUUUUCAAUGUUAAUGAUAAUGUACUUCAAAAUGAUGGAAAUUUCAACAGUAUGUGGUUUGGUUAAGGAGCAGUUGUUCAUAGCAGCACUUGCCUACCAACUUGAUCUCUUUCUGCUUUUCUCACCUCUCCCUUACUGUAUUCCCUGUUCUUAUUCUCUAUCAAAACAAAUGAGGUAUGACAAAGCAGCAAUCAGACCAAACCCAUUGGAUCCUUCAAAUUUAGCAAUACCACUUGUUCUAGCCUUGGACCAAGAUUUCCAAAAAUAUUAUUGAGCAGUGAUAUAAAUUACUUAGACUUUAUUUGAGGUCAAAACUCAGCUAUCAUGAGUAGGCAGUGCUUGGAUAAGACGGGUUCUGUUGCAUCUUCAAAAUGAGUCCUAAUGAACACACUGAGUACUUAACAAGUUAAGUGAAAAUAAAAUGUGUUUCAAACCAAAAUAGAUGACCCUUUCACAUGUUAGUCUCUGGGAGAGAAGGGUAACACUACUUCAGAACAUGUUUUUAAUACUGAAUUCUUCCAGUGAACUAUUUCUCCCAGGAUUUUAAAAAUUGUCGAGAUAAAGUUGUUCUCUUUGUUUAAAAAAAGGGGGGGAGAAGAAAAGAAAACUUUUGUAAGCAAUAGAUUUCUCUGGGGUGUUUUUGUUUGUUUGUUUGUUUUCAAAAAAUGCUAUGCAGUCAAGGCGCUAUAGGAAUCAAAUUCCUUUAAGAACCACCAGUGGAAGAAUUUAAACUUGGCACCUUGAUCAGAACUAUAAUAACCAGUAAAAACAAUGAUAUCUAAAGUUUACCAACAAAAGAAUCCUCAACAAAAUAAUAAAUACUAUACUUUGCUCAGGACAUUUGAGGUCAGAUUGAAAAUAGAAACAGUUUUCUUAUAAGCCCCUAAGAGGCAGAUCUGGAUAAGCAUACAUAGAAGAGGGAAAGGAGAGAAUGGAAAUAAAACUCAAUAUUAUGCAGAUUUAUGCCUUAUUUUUUAACUUUUUUUUUUUUUUUUUUUAAAUGUUGGGUCUUUCAGGCUGGUUUUGCUUUUUAUUAGGUCUGUAUAGUUUGGUUAAUUAACCAGUGAUUUAGUUUUAUAUUUAAGCUACAGUUAAUCUUUUUUCUUUGGUGAUAUUUAUUUCUUUGCCUUUUUUUUUUAAAAACUACUUUCAAUUUUUAGAUGUUUCGUCCAGUCUGUUUAGAGCUUCAUUACCAUGGCAAUAUAUAUUUCCCUUAAAACACUGUAAAGAAAUAUACUAGGAGUGCACCAUUUUAAUCUUUACUAGUUAUUGUGAGAUUGCUGUGUAAGUUAAUAAACACAUUUGUAAAUACAUUGUUUGCAGGAAGAAAAUUUCUGAGUUACAGCUCAGGAAAAUCCUGCUGAAUUUACGUUGUAAGCAUUACUUAACACAGUAUAAGGAUGAAAAGACAACAAAAUUCAUACUUCUUCAUCCCCUCAUUGCAACAAAACCCUUAACUGGGAGAACCUUAUUCCCCUCUCUUUCCUCUUCCUUCUCCAGUUCCCACUUAUUGUCACCUUGUAAUAUUCAGAGAGCACUUGGAUUAUGGGUCUGAAUAGAGAAAUGCUUUCAGAUAAUCAUUAGCCCACAUACCAGUAACUUAUACUAAAAGAUGGGAUGGAGUUGUAAAGUGCUUUUAUAUAAUACAAUAUUAUUGUUAAAGGCAAGGGUUGACUCUUUUGUUUUAUUUUGACAUGGCAUGUCCUGAAAUAAAUAUCAAUUCAAUAUGG